UGUCCCGCCGGGCUGGCCGCGCUCCUGCUCCUGGGGCUGGGGCUGGCGGCCGCCGCCGCCCUCGGGAGCGCGGCCCACCGCCCGCUGCGGCCCCUGCGGCUCGCCUCCCGCGGACUGCACGCCUUCCUCGCCGCCCUCCUUUCUGGGCUUCUGCUGGCGCUCUCCUGCUGGGGGGGAAGGCGGCGGCGGGCCGGAGCGCCCCUGGGAGGGUCUGGUUUCAAGGGCGCCACCCCUCUGCCGCAGGCGCGCAGCCCCUUCGCCCCGCGCGAGUCCUGGCGGCGCGCGGCCCGCACAGCCCCGGUGGCGGGCACCUUCGGGCUGCUGAGCGGAGCCCUGCAGGGCUACGAAGUGCUGCACGCCCUGGGCUAUGGCGGCCAACCUGGCCUGGAGGGACCCUGGCCCUGGUGGGCCUUCCAGCUAGGCCUGCGCUUGGGCGAGGUGGGCGUCGCGCUCCCGUUGGCGCUGCUGGGCCUCUACCCGGCGCUCUGCAGCCCCCGUGUGCCGCCGCGCUGCUGGGCCAAGCUCUUCCGCCUGUCCCCGGGCCACGCGGCCCCGCUGCUGCCCGGGGGCUGGGUCACCGGGCCCCCCGACAAGGAGCCCCUGGGUGGCGCCAUCGCGCGUGGCGACGCGGAGCUGCUGCAGCUGUGCGCCCUGGCGGGGCCGGGCCCCGACCUCCUACUCCAGGGAGGCGGCUGCCGGGGCUUCGAAGGCGCGGCGGCCAACCCGGCCCCUUCUCCGGCCUCCUCCCCCUGCAGCGAUUACACCGUGGAUUUCCGCCCGCCCUCCCCAAUCAACCUGCGGCGCAGCAUUGAGGAGGCCCUCUGCAGCGAGGCCCUGCUCACUCCCGGCCUUUUCCAGGGCCCUGCCUACGGGGAAGCCUUGCCUGGGCUGGGCCUCUACCGCACCGCCUCGUUGGGGGCGAAGACCGGGGCCGGACCCAAUGAGAGGUCUGAGGAGGCCCUUGGCUCUCCAGCACCGCAGGAGCUCCCCUCUCCCGGGGCCUGGCCCGCGGGCAGCAGCGCCUCUUCCGGCUCACUGUGCGGACUUUCGAGGGACAGCUCGUCCAUGCUGCUAUGCUCCAGCCCCGACAGGCCUCCACGCUGUCCGCUGGUCUGCGUCCUCAGUCCCCCGCGGCCCUCGGGAAGCAGCCCUAGCCUCCCGGGCUCAGGCUCUUACCAGGCCCUGUCCCCCCCCUCCCGCGACUCCCCAGAGCCUACUCUUGAGCUGCAGGCCGCAGAAGCUUUGCUGCAGGAGCAAUUCCUGGACGCCUGCCGACAGAUCGACGAGCUGAGCGUGGGCAGCGACACCAUAGACCUGUGAAGAGGCGCCCCCCCUAGGUGCACCAGCCUACGCCCCCUCCUGGCGCCUGCUCUGCCCGAGACCUGCACACUGUAACCCUUCCUCAAUCCUGCCUGGCUCAGAUACCUCUCCCCGCUUCCUUCUCCAUCCAGGGGUCCCUGGGUGGGUGGGUCAGCAGCCAGGCUCUGUUGAUUGGGAAUUAGUGCCACCUCCUCUGGAGCCCUGGGCUCUGAUGCCCUCUGCUGCAAUUCUAGGCUGGCAGGGGUCCCACUUUCCUUGGCAUUCACCAGCAAUAAAGCCCCAAGGUGCUCCACUCCUGACCACCACUCCCCACUCUGGUGCUGAGUGAGAGGGGCUGUCCUCAGAGGACCUCGAGACCGGCUUCAGUCCCCAAACCCACCUCUGCCAUACCCAGGAAUCCCAUUCCUGUAUGAGUGAGCCUCCCUGUCCUCCAUGUGAUCCUUCCCCAUAGAAGGGUCCAUAGCUCAUCUAGGAGACUCUACAGCAGUUGGGUGGGAGGUGAACGCUUUCAGAGUUAAUUUAUCAAUAAAAUAUUUUCAGAGAAA